AUGUUUCAUGAAGGCUAUGACAAUGUCCGUCGAAACCGAAAUGGACACACGCAAGACUUCAAAGAGAGGGGCGGUGAGUUGCUGGACUUGAUAGCUGAUUACAUCAUCAACAUCCGGUCCAAGAGAGUUGCCCCGGAUGUCGAGGUGGGUUAUUUAAGGAAACUACUUCCGGAAACUGCCCCAGAAAGGGGAGAGAAAUGGGAAUCCAUCAUGGCAGACUUCAUGAAAGCAAUAAUGCCGGGGCUGGUCCACUGGCAACAUCCAAACUUCCACUCCUACAUGUCGACUGGCUACUCCUUCACCUCUGUCCUUGCAGACAUGCUAGCAGACGGGCUAGGCUGUGUGCCGUUUGCUUGGGCCUCAUGUCCGGCUGCCGUUGAACUGGAGUUUUUGGUACUGGACUGGGUCGGAAAAAUGAUAGGACUGCCAGUACAUUUCUUGAAUUCAAGCGGCCAAGGAGGUGGUUGUAUGCAGGGGUCAGCCAGCGAGUGUGUGCUAGUCACCCUGCUCUCAGCCCGACACCGGACCAUACAGGCCCUCAAGUUGACCCACCCCCACAGGGAGGAAGGAGAGCUGCUAUCUAAACUUGUGGCUUACACCUCCACACUGGCUCACUCAUGCGUAGAGAAGGCUGCGUUGAUCGGGUUCGUCAAACUGAGACAACUGGAGCAUGACGUGAACUAUUCACUUCGCGGUGAAGUGUUGGAGGCUGCGAUACAGGAAGAUAUAAGACGCGGUCUGGUACCAUUUUAUGUUUGCGCCACUCUCGGCACGACAACCUGCUGCUCGUACGACAACCUCCAGGAGGUUGGGGAGGUUUGUACCCGGCACGGCAUCUACCUGCACGUCGACGCGGCGUACGCAGGGGGCGCUUUCAUCUGUCCAGAGUUUCAGCACUACAUGAAGGGCGUAGAGAACUCCGACUCUUUUUGUCUGAAUCCUUAUAAAUUACUACAAGUCAACGUGGAUGGGUCGAUGAUGUGGGUCAAGAAUGUCAAGACUUUGACUAGCUCAUUAGCCGUUGAUGCUUUAUACCUGAAACAUAAACACGGAGACCAGUCCUUAGAUAUCAGGAACUGGGGGAUCCCUUUGUCCCGGAGAUUUCGGGCACUGAAGGUUUGGUUCGUCAUAAGGACUUACGGGCUGGAAGGUCUGCAGGCAAGGGUCAGAGAGCACGUCCGUUUGGGGAAAUAUUUUGAGAGUAAAGUUUUGGCAGACGAGAGAUUUGAAGUCGUUGCUCAGGUGACGCUGGGUCUCGUCUGCUUCAGGAUGCGGGGUGGGAACGACUUAAACGAAAGGUUGCUGGAGAAAAUAAACAAAGGUGGAAGGUUGCAUAUGGUUCCUGGUAUGUUGAAUCAGAGCUACAUCCUCAGGUAG